GCGACGAGUCACGGAACACGGAACGCCGCGCCACUUUCGCGGUCGCAAAAACAAUUGGCGAGCGAGUGCGGCGCAAACAGCUGAUACCGUUUCUGCGGUACAUCCCUUACGUACGGAAGCACAUGUCUGCCGCGCGAUAAUCACGCCACGGUAAUCGCACUACUUACUCCCUGUUACUCCCACGUAUUCUUCCAGUGAUCGGUGAACGGUGGAAUUCGAAGGCACGUGCUCGUGGACACGCCGGUGAUACUAGGUGCUCCAUCCCCGAAUAGUCGCAUGCGAUGAACUACGGCCGGCGAUAACCGGCAUACUCUCAUCGUCCUCGUCCUCGUCGUCAUCGUGAUCGUUGUCGUUAUCGUUUACCUGCAAGGAGAACAUGGCCGAUCGCGAUAGCGCGUCCGAGAGCGAUUCCAGCUCGAUCGACGGCGGACCGAUCAUGAUGCCGCCGUCGCCGAUUACGCGCGAGCAGCUGCAGAAGCGCAUCGAGUCCCUGCAGCAGCACAACCGUGUCCUCAAGGUCGAGCUCGAGACGUACAAGCUGCGGGUGAAAGCCCUACAGGAGGAGAACCGCGGUCUGCGUCAGGCGUCUGUCAUCAUUCAAGCGAAGGCCGAGCAAGAAGAGGAAUUCAUAAGCAACACCUUGCUGAAGAAAAUCCAAGCUUUGAAGAAGGAGAAGGAAACUCUGGCUCAUCAUUAUGAACAAGAGGAGGAGUGUCUUACCAACGACUUAUCACGAAAGCUGAACCAAUUGCGACAGGAGAAGUGCAAACUUGAGCAGACAUUAGAGCAGGAACAAGAAUGCUUGGUGAACAAGCUGAUGAGGAAGAUCGAGAAACUGGAGGCAGAGACAUUGGCCAAGCAGAGCAACCUGGAGCAGUUGCGACGUGAGAAGGUCGAAUUAGAGAACACUCUGGAGCAAGAACAAGAGGCGUUAGUGAACAAGCUGUGGAAGCGAAUGGACAAGCUCGAGGCUGAGAAAAGGAUGCUGCAGAUCAAGUUGGAUCAACCUGUUUCCGAUCCUACUUCACCUAGAGAGAUCAACAAUGGCGACACCGCCACAAACUUGAGCACGCACAUUCAAACUCUGAGAAGCGAGGUCGCUCGAUUAAAGCACACUUUGCUGAUUUCACAGCAAGAACAUACGGAAAAAAUGAAGCGAUACGUUAACGAAGAGAAGCAAAUACGCGAGGAAAAUUUGAGACUGCAGCGAAAGCUGCAGCUCGAAGUGGAGCGUCGCGAAGCCUUGUGCAGACACCUCUCGGAGUCUGAGUCCAGACAUGAUUUUCGCAGCUUGGAGAUGGAAGAGGAACGGCACUACAACGAAAUUGUGAUGUCUGGGGGGAACAUAAGAACUCGCACGGUGUCCAGUCCUGUGCCCUAUAAUCCUUCGCCUAGUUCUUCAAGGCCACUAAGUCCUGGUGUUAACGUGCUAGGUUCCACAUCCAGAGAGGGUUUCAGUGCAAACCGGUGCUAUGCUUGUGGUCAGCCGACUGCUCCUCCAUUUGCGAGCUCGUCGCCUCCUUCAGGGGGACACAUCGUGGCACCAUCCAGCAGACGGACUUCGGAUCGUUUCGUCAAACCGGCGAUUCCGCCCACUAUCGUGAGUCCCGGUGGACCGCCGACCAUCGCUCCCAAUCCUACGGUGAAUCCCAUUGUCGCGCCCCAUCCAGGGUCACCGAUGGACAUUGCGAAGACAUAAGUCACCAAGUUGAGGAGAGGGCUCUCCACAGAAACCCCUUUUAUAUAGUCGUGCGCAAGGUACUUCUCUAAACGGUGCGUUCCAGCUAAAAGAUACGCGGGAAAAUUGCCCGCACUUUGGUUUGAGACACCACCGUCGGCGCGUUUUCUUCUCGGAUGUUUCCGUUCGUUAACUACUACUUCAGCUCUAAUGUGUAACACACGGGCUACGGCUAAGAGAGAGAGACUUAAUUAUUUCGAUCUGAAUGAGCAGAUAUAGAGUUAAAUGAUGCAGUUGCAAAAGCGUCUCGCCUCUCAUUGUUAGUCGCGGGAUCAUUCUUUUCGACCUCCCGCUUCUUCGGUGAUUCCUCUUGUAUGAUGCCUGAAGUAUCAUUCAGACUGAGCUCUUUAUCGUACUAUGCAAUUAAUAUCGUUUGAGUGUUCUACAUAAGAGAAAUGAUAAAAAAAAAAAGAAAACGUUGACAUGUUGCUUCCAUGUUCCAAGUAAUCAUAGCAUAAAUAAAUGAACGCGAACGCUGAACGGACAUCUACAUGGCAUAUUUGCGAUAUUAUUGUAAUCUUACUGUGCGUUUAAGAACGUAAACGAAAGUAACUAGGGUGUAGUGUCGCGGUGUUCACUCGAUUUAACAGGUAUGUAUUUGUUUAGCUUUGAGCCUGAGUAAUCACUUAGCGCACGCAGUACUGGUAGAAGCGGAAGCAUAACUUUAGAGAAAAGGUUUCGUUAGUUCCUUCGAGGGGAUUGUCUGAUCUUAGAAUGCGCAAUCAGGUAGAGUCAGACUUCAGGGAGAUCUUAGCGAUCGGGAGAUUUCGGUAUCUGAGAAACUUGGAAUUCAAUAAUUAUGAAUCUAUGUAUGUGUAUAUGCGUGAGUGUGUGUGUGUGUGUGUGUAUGUGUGUGAGAGAGAAAGAGAGGAAAUGUGACAAUUCAAGGCCCUAAAGUUCCAAGGAUUCAACAGUCCAACGAUCUGAGAAUCUAAAAAACAGACUUAUGGAUCUAAAAAAAAGUGUAUGCUCGAAACGCUUAAAUAUAUCUAAGUGUCUAUAAAUAUAUAUACAUACACACACAUAUAUAUAUAUACAUAAUAUUUAAAGUAAAUAUUUUUGUUUAAUGAUCAAUGUAAAUCCACAAAAAUGUAAGUGUUCAUACAAUAUUUUUAGGAUCUUAUUAAUUUAAGAAAUAAAUGUAAAAAAGGAUCUAAAGAAUUAAUGUGUUUUCAAAUCAUUAGCUUCUUAAGCACGGACGUUUCUGAAGUUUCUGCUCUUAGAAUCUUUGGAUUUUGAAAUCUUGGAUCGCUAACAUGUAGGAAAACGCAUCGCCUCAAGAACUUUUAUCCCUUAAAUCUUAAAUCUUUUAGUCUUAGGAUAUUUUGCGGAGAAAGUGGGAUUUGGAAGAUUUUGGUACACUGGAGCUGGGAAUUAAGCCUAUUGAGAUUUGAUAGUGUCAAGCAUGGCGCCUGAGAGAGACAGAUCUUGCGUUCAAGAGUUUACUUCCUAAUAAAUUGUUUUUUUUUUUAUACCAACGAUAUACAUUUGUGUUAACCCGUUGUCUGUUAUAUUGAAGAUCUUAGAGUCAUUGUUCUAGGAAAACGUUCGGGAAGUCAGACUUUUCAGAUUUAGGAAGCUUGGAACUUCAUUUCUGAAUUUUUACUAUCUCUAGUUGUAAAAUUUAGAUAUUUAGAUCUUUGUUUUUUUUGUAAAGCCUUCGAGAUAUCUCUCGUUACUUACUCUCAAAGUCUCGAGGAAAUCUUCGUUCCACAGCGGAAUCCGGAACGCUUGAAACUUUGAGAAAUGUUGUGGAAAUCAAUAUCGAAAGAUCGACUGUUUUUCGUUUACUGAAGAUUCUUGAUAUCCUUUUGCACGUCGGUUACCACGAAUUAUGAUACGAGAAGCAGAGAAAUUAUAUGAGAUUAUAUGAAAUCGUCUCGCUUAAUAUAAGAUUCGUUCAAAUUUAUAUCACGCGAGUGAUUAUUUAUAAAUUAUUCGCGCAAUUCUUUUUCCUCCGAUUUUGUAAUACGAGGUGACUGACGUUACGUAUCUCUAAGAACCCUUGUUUAUAACAGGUGUAUUAUACAUAAACGAUAUAUGAGAAUCAGGUCAAAGCGUUGUUUAUUAUGUUAUAUCGAACGAUUUAUAUACAUGUCAAAAUAUACAUGUCGUUCGGUAUAUAAAAAAAAAUGGUCGUAUAUGGUAUAGAAUUUUAUGAUAACGUAAAAGAUUCUAAUCAAUAAUUGUAAUUACGCAGAUAUAUGCUUCACAGCUACAUAGUAUGUAUUUUACUCAAGCUUUUAUGAAAUACAGUCACGUUUUUGCUAUUA